GGUCAACAGAGGAACAGACCCUCUAGUGUUUGCUCCCAGUGGCGUCUUGAGUCAGAACAGCUAGGAGGGGGUGUCCCUCACUAUCUCCCACCCAGCCCAGUCGUGUGACCCUGCCCCACAGCCCCACACAUCCAGCCAUACCCCCUCAGCUGCCACUGCCACCAGGCCGGUGCUGAGCUGGGGGGGGUCAGUGACUCAUCUAAAUCCCUUAGGCAGGUACCCUGCACCCCCAACCCCACCCUGUCACCCCCUCAGCAGGAAAGGCCUGAGGCUUAAGGCCCCAGAGGAGCUUUGGACCUGUUGGGUGUCUUGAGGUGUGGGAUUAACACACUGAGAUUGGGCAGAGAUAAGGGUUUCAGGGGACAAAAAAGGAACAUUUGUUGGAAACAUGCCAGAGUGUCUCCACCCUCCAUCAGGACAGACUGACAGAGUGGGCUGGGGACAGGACACCCCACAUCCCCUCUGGUUUCCUGGGCACCCCCUGCCCUUUGACCUGGGCCACCAGAUCACAGCCUAGUCCACUCGCCAGAGCCCUGGCACCACGGGCACACCAUGCCCCACCGGUGCCCUGCCCAACCCUGCUCCCUCCCAGAUUCCCACCCAGGCAGCCUUUCUCAGGUACACAAUGUGCAAGACUCACUGUGACCUGCCCACCAGGCCCCCCUGAGCAGGCCCUGCAGAGGCAUCAACCUUUCUGAGGGUCAGAGGUGAGGGUGAGCUUCUGGGUGGCCUUCCUGGAGAAGGGAGCUUAGGGCUGUGCCUGAGCUCAAGGUAGUGGGGAUCCAACAUCCCAGAGGGGCUGCAGAAGGCCAGAGAGGCAGGAUGGGGUGAGCUGCAGGCCCCCUAGCCCAGAGGCCCAUCAGAACUACCCUCAGCUGCCAGGCAUCCGGCCCCACCCCGGAGGAAAGGCAAGGCAUGGCUGGGGUUGGGUGGAGGGAGCCAGGCCAGAGCGCUGCAGCGUGCAACUCUAUCAGAAGCCUGUCACAGUGGGUGCAGUCCCAGGCCAGCCGCCCCUGGGCACCUUGGGGGCAUAAAGCCUACAGAGGAGCCACCUCAGCUCUGUCCUGCUCUUGUGUCCCAAGGAGAUGCCAUGCCACCUUGCUGCACGAUGCUUUGGGCUCUGCUGAUCAAUUCCCUCCUUGCCCUGCUCUGGGUGUCCCCAGGCCAGGCCCAGGUCCCCAUCCAGGCCAACUUUGAUGCUAGCCAGGUGCGCCCAGCCCUGUUUCCUCCUCCUCUCCAAUGAGUCCUCCCAGCUUUGGCACUGCACCCCAGGUCCCUGUCCACACUCUCUUUGAUCCAGGCUCAGCAGGGCUGGGGGCAUGGGAAACCACCCACCACACCUGUUCCAUCUGACUGGCGUAGGCGUUGGCUGGGGAAGACUGCAGGCCUCCAUCCUAGCUUUUCGGUUGCAUCCCCCAUCACUCCCCAGGGCCCAAAAUUGGGACAAGUUACAGCUGCCUGCCCCUCACUGUCCCCCACCCACCCCACGUAGACCUAUGACCUUGCCACAGCCCCACCCAUCCAGCCGUACCCCCUGGGUGCCAGCUGCAGACAGGCUGGUGCUGGGCUGGUGGAGGCCAGUUGCUCAUCUGCUGAGGCCCCCCUUCCUCAGUUCUGCAUCAGGGUGGAGGUGUGUACAGCAGCCCCUGUCCUGGCCAGGAAGCAGCUGUGUCAGGACAGAACGUGGUGGGCUCAGGCCCAGGGCACAGGGGCGGCCUCCCAGCCUUCCCUGCACUUGCCCUGAAGUUCCAGGGCACCUGGUACAUGGUCGGGGUGGUGUCAGAUGACCAGGACUUCCUGGACUCCAAGGACACCAUGAAGAUGCCUGUGGUCUUAGUGACCCCCUUGGAGAACAGUGACCUGGCCCUCAAGUUUGGAUAUCCCAUGUCCGAUGGCAGGUGCCAGAAAAUGGACAUGACUUUCACCAAGGGUGCUGUAGGGGGCAGUUUCGCUUCUCCAGCCGUGGCCCUGACUGACAUCCGAGUGGCCUUCUCCGACUACCAGCACUUUGCCUUGCUGUACUUGGAGACGCGGAAAGGGGGCCUGCAGAACCAGUGACUGCAGCUCUACAGUGGGCAGGCUGCGGGGGGGAGGCCCAGACACCCCCAGCUUUGGGUCUGGAAUGUCCCCCUGUGCCUGCACCAGUGCCUUCUGCACCGGGAAGGCGGAACCGCUGGCUCCUGGUGUCUGUGGCCGCGGUCCCGGCCCCUCCCCACCCCUUUCACCCCUCCCUGCCCCUCUCACCCUCUCUUCGGCCCUCCAACCCCUUCCCUUUAGCUCACCUGCCCUCCCCACCUUCAGCUCGAGCCCCGGAGCUGUUUCCCGAAGGCGCCCAGAAGAUGCAGCUACUGGCGCCCCAAGUGGGCUUGAGCCCCAGCCAGGACGUCCUGCUGCCCAGUUGGGUGAGCGGUGCCCGCAGGCCUGCUGGGAGAGCCAGGCCCUAGUCACUCCACUGAUCUCAGAUUCGGGACGGAAGUGCCGGGGGGCAGACCCAGCCUGUCCGGCUCCGGGGAGGGUGAGACGUUGCCCAGGGCAGUGUUCCCAGGAGGAGAUCGCGUUGGGGCAGGUCAGGGGCCUUGGUCCCAAGGAAGGAGGCACGAGGGGGGCGCCUCGGGCCUACUCUCUCUGCAGACCAGUGUGCGGGCCCGCUCUCCUGGAUGGGUAGACCACGGCCACGUGGAGCCGCGGACCAUGGGCCCUCCUAGGGCCGUGGGCUGCACCGUGGGGCCCUCUACCUUCGGGACAGCUGGGGGCUAGAGCGGGGGUGAUGGGGCAUCCGGGCGGAUCCAAGCUGCAGCAGCCUGAGGAACCGCGGGUCCAGCCCCUGAGUGCCUGCAGGGGUCAGCUGCUCCGUGCGCCCAGCCCUCCCCAAAGAGCCCCUCUCUCCACACCCUGGCCCCAAGCGCAAUAAACGCCCUGAGUGCCUGUGGCGCUGUGCGUUUCUUGGAGGGAGGGAGGGGUGGCGGGGGCGGCCGGGUACAUGGGCGCCCUGGGAAAGGGGCCGGGUCACCCCCUGUUGCCUGUCUGGGCAGGCGUUGGCCGAGGAGGGACCGAGCCUCGGCUCGACAUCAGGGAGGUUCCUCAGGGCGGGCCCCAGUCCCAGCUCUGGGACUUUUCUACCUCUGCACGGACCCAGACCCCCAGACUGGGGGCGCCGGGAGGGCGGGACACGGACACCACGCAGCGCGCGCCCCAGGCUCCAGCGGACACCGCCGUGGGAGGUGGCCUUCAGGGUCGUCCCAAGUGGCCGCCCCAGUCAGUGUCAGGAUCCCCAGGCACCCCUCCGGGUCCCCCAGUUCUCCAGUCCCUGACUCCGGGCUCCAGGCCCCGCCCCAGAGGCCUGGCUGUUCCGGAGACCAACGAAGCACCCCCAGCCCUGAUCCAGGGCCUGCCGAGGGAGGGUGGAGGGUGAGGAGGACAGGAGGCGCUGCAUAAAACUCUGCCCUGCCUUGCGUCUAUGUAGGACACUGUUGUCUUUUACAGACAAGUCUAGAAGAAUUUGAAGGAAAAUAGCCUACUUGCUGUAAUGUACCUAGUUCAGCAAAAUAAUAAUAAAAAUAGUAAUAAUACUGGU